CGCAUUGUGCGUAAGUGCAUACAAAACAACCUACGAUGGCCAGCAGUUUCGUUUGUCAGACCAGUGCUCAUUCACUCAACAACAGCUUCCGACUCGGAUUCACCAACGACAAUGACAGCCGAGAGGCUUCUCGUUAUACUAAGCCAAGACAAACGUACUCGUCCGACCAGGUACUCUCGUAUUCGACCGUUGAAUCUGGCGCGUAUCAACCGAUGCAGUUGCCAGCGCAGAGUUUGGUCGGCCACAAGCGUUUACCGGGUAUGGGGUCGCUAGAGGAUACGGUCAUGUAUCACGCCGAAGAGUACACAAUGGAGUCAGCCCCGACUACCACACGAAAGAUGAAGGUAUCUGCUUCUAGACGUGAGCGGUGCCGCAUCAACCAGGCACGAUACAGGAAGCGUCAACGUCAACAUGAAGAAGAACUCGAUAAAAGUAUUUUCGAGUUGCAAGAGGAAAUUCAAGAACUGCAGACGCAACAUCAGGACAUGAUGCGGUCCGCCCCGCAAAACGAGAGCAUGUGGGUCGUGGCAACGGAGUACUUUCGACUGUUCCGCUACGGAUACAUGACGCCUAUGGCGACAGCUAAGUCAUCAUCAGACGAGAAACCGAGUCCCCUCCCUGUUAAGCAGGCCCAAGUGCAGCUCGACUAUCUGCAAACAUAUAUGACCCCAGACGUCGUGGAUGGGACGGUAAGCGGUGCAGAGGCGCUGCUGGAGAAAUGGAAGUUCAUUUCGCUUCACCAUGACGACGUGUACUUUCAACUCAAGCGUCUGGAACAGGUCGGUAAAGAAUCUCUCGUUGCUGUCACUUCAACUAGUGCCACUAUCACGGAUAAAACGUUGCGUCAUGUUUACCCGCACCUCGUGGGAGAGCGUUCACCUUUGGCUACCAAGCUCUUGAAUCAGAGGCUCAUCAUGUGCGGAUCUGUCCGUUUUGAUUGGGAUGCCUCGUGCGGGCGGAUGAUGCGAGUAGAGUCUAAGGUUGACAUGCUGACACCGAUGCUGAAGCUGCUCGGUAGCUUGGACGACGUAGCCUACGUGUUUAACAACGCCCUGCUUACCCUCGACGGUAGAAUUGUUUCUAACUAA